AGUUUGCACCGAGAGGAUUUGUUGUUAUGAAGACUUUGGCUUGAAGGGGAAUGAACAGCAUGGAAGGAUCCAGUUUUGGGAUAGACACUAUACUCUCCAACGCUGGUUCUGUCAGCCCUGCUAUGUUGAAUGGAGACUUUAGAGAUGGCAGGGGGGCGGAUUUUAGGAACCAGGGCCCGCUGUCACCCAGCUCGGAAAUAGACACUGUGGGGGGGAGUUCCCCUUCAUCUCCUAUCUCAGUGACUAUGGACCCUGCAGAUCAGCACCGGCUGGUGGACAGCGCCCAUCAUCAGGCUCAGCAUCUCCAUCACCUCCACCACAGCCAGCAACAAUCCCCCUCCUCACAGCAGCAGCAGGCUCAGUCAGGCUCUGCUCCCAGGACUUCCACUUCUUCCUUCUUAAUUAAGGACAUUUUGGGAGACAGCAAACCUUUGGCAGCCUGUGCCCCUUACAGUACCAGUGUGCCCUCUCCUCAUCACACUCCUAAACACGAAGGCAAUGUACCCACAGAAAGUUUUAGGCCCAAACUAGAGCAGGAGAUGUCAGAUGGCAAGGGGAAGCAGGACAAAAUCAGAGAAGACUUACAUACAGACAUGAAAGGACAUGGUACUAAAGAAGAGGGGGAUCGGGAGAUUACAAGCAGCCGGGACAGUCCGCCGGUUCGAGCUAAGAAGCCGAGGAAGGCUCGGACUGCUUUUUCAGACCAUCAGCUCAACCAGCUGGAGAGGAGCUUCGAGAGACAGAAGUAUCUGAGCGUCCAGGAUCGCAUGGACCUGGCAGCGGCCCUCAACCUGACAGAUACCCAGGUCAAGACCUGGUACCAAAACAGGAGGACAAAGUGGAAGCGUCAGACAGCAGUUGGUUUGGAGUUGUUGGCUGAAGCUGGCAAUUAUUCGGCUCUCCAGAGAAUGUUCCCUUCUCCAUACUUUUACCACCCCAGCCUGUUAAGUAGCAUGGACAGCACUACUGCUGCAGCCGCCGCUGCUGCUAUGUAUAGCAGCAUGUAUAGGACUCCUCCAGCCCCUCAUCCUCAGCUACAGAGACCUCUGGUCCCCAGGGUUUUAAUCCAUGGCUUGGGACCUGGAGGGCAACCAGCUCUUAAUCCACUGGGGAACACAAUCCCAGGUACCCCUCACACACGGUGAAACCAACACUCCUUCCUAGCACUAUCACAUCCUUACAGACCCCUUUACAGAAUCCACAAGGACAAACAAAAUACCAAAACUCUGGGGACAUAGAGGUGGCUUAAAAAGCAGAAGGACAGAUGAAGGAAUUUAUGGAACCCACCACCAUCAUCAUCUCCUGAACAUCCAGGAGGGACAUUAACACUGGCAGCUGAGUGUUUAAUGAUUAAGAAAAUGAACAGUUCUUUAUCAGAAAGUGGUUCAAGAAGAGCUAUCAGAGCAUGGAGAUAAGGUUAUCUGCAGAUGAGAAUGGUAUGCCUUGUGUAGGACACUCCAGACUAGACAAAGGAGGCAGAAGAAAGACUUAAGUCCAAAGGCAAGUGGAAAGAGCUCUGCCCCACAGAAAGACGAGGGAAUGUAGAAAAGAGGGUAUAUGAGAACUUUGCACUGAACGUGUGUGUGCUUUUUCAUUCUGAAAGUAGCAUGCUCAGUAAUAUAAAAUGUACAUUUGAAAAAAAAAAAAAGACUGUGAUAUAUCAUAUUUAUUAUAUGUUGUCUUUAAAAAAAAGGAAGACAGAAAAAGUCACUACUCUACAUUGAUUUUCUUUUCAUUUGGAGCAAGUAAAAAAAAUGCUUAGAUGAAGGAUAUAGUUUUUUUUUUUUGGUGAUUGA